CACUCAGCCUGUUGAAAUGCUCCUCAGCAGAUAGAAACAAAACAGAUCUUACUUUCGUGUCAUUUUUGUAUAUUCUUUAUUUGAAACGAUACACAAGAGCUGAGCAUGUUCCAUUGCUUUGGUUUUCUACUGAGCACAAGUAAUGGACGUAUCUAAAUGACGUCCUUGCAGCACCAUCUGUGGGAUUUGUAUGCCGGUAAGAAUUAGCCUAUGACCAUGGUGAAUGAAAAUGAAAGUAAAUUUCUGCACUGUGGACCGGAGAUAAGACGCCAUUAGAAGGUGACAGGCAUUUGGAGGAUUUUAAUCGGACAGUUCCAGAGGGAAUAAUUUGGUGAGUAAGAAAGAAGAUCAAAUGGCUGAAAAACUUCUCGAAAAUUUCCUGAGCUGCCAUGUGUGUUCAGAGACUUUCAGAGAUCCUGUGUCUCUGAGCUGCAGCCACAGCUUCUGUUCAAGCUGCCUGCAACAAUUCUGGGAACAAGCUAAAAACAAAAACUGUCCCAUUUGUAAAAGAAAAUCUUCAAAGGACUGUCCAGAUGUGAACAUUGCUCUGAAAGAACUUGCUGACUCUUUUGCUGACAGGCAGAAAGUCGAAUCAUCAGAGACAGUAAAGGGAGAAGAGAAAUUAAUAGUGGUGUGCAGUAAACACCAAGAAGAGCCUAAACUGUUCUGUGUGGAUGAAGACAGAGCUGUGUGUACUGUGUGUGAUUUUCCUCACCACCAGAGUCACAAAGUGGUUCCUGUAGGAGUUGCAGUCAGUGACCUGAAGGAGCAGCUGAAAUCUGACUUAAAGUCUCUGCAGGACAAGAGGAACAAAUACAAACAAGUGGAGAAAACAUACAAUGAAGUGAUUCAACACUCCAAGACGCAGCUGUUGUCCACAGAGAGGCAGAUCAGAGCAGAGUUCAACAAGCUCCAGCAGUUCCUGAAAGAGGAAGAGGAGUCCAGACUGGCAGCUCUGAGGGAGGAAGAGGAGCAGAAGGGGAGGACUAUCAGCAGAGAGAUGAAGAUGAUUGAAGAGCAGAUCUCCUCUCUGUCAGACAGCAUCUCUGCUGUUGAAGAAGAGCUGCAGAAACACAGGGUGCCAUUCCUCAGCAGUUAUAAAGACACUCAGAGCAGAGCCAGAGCCCAGAGCUCAGUGUCAGAUCCACAGCUGGUCUCAGGAGCACUGAUAGAUGUGGCCAAACACCUGGGCAACCUGUCCUUCAGAGUGUGGGAGAAGAUGAAGGAGAAGGUCCACUUCAGUCCUGUCAUUCUGGACCCAAACACUGCAAACCACUGUCUCUAUCUGUCUGAUGAUCUGACCAGUAUGAAAUGUGGAGACACAAAACAGCAGCUUCCUGAUAAUCCAGAGAGAAACACUAAUUAUACAAUUGUUUUUGGCUCUCAGGGCUUCAGCUCAGGGAAACACAGCUGGGAGGUGGAGGUGGGAGACCAUCCUGAUUGGCUUGUAGGUUUAGCUAAAGAGUCAGUCGAGAGAAAGAAAGAGCGUUUUGCUUCAGGAGACUAUGGAAUCUGGUGUUUAACCCAUCGCAGUGGAUCAUACGGCAAUGGUCUUUGUGAGCAUGUGGCGGUGAAGAAGAGUCUCCAGAGGAUCAGAGUCCAGCUGGACUAUGACAGGGGGGAGGUGUCCUUCUAUGACCCUGAAGACAUGACUCACAUCUACACUCACAGAGACACUUUCACUGAGAAACUCCUCCCAUUUUUCAGCAUUGGAAAGGCUGGAGAUGGGAAAACCUCUGAUAUCAAAAUCUGUCGGAGUAAGAUUUCAUUGGAAAGGGAUUCUUCUGUUUAA